UUAACAGUCGCUUGGCCUCACACUUGCAGGGCAGCUCGGCCAAAGAGGCUGCGCCCACAUUCCCUGGCUGUUCUCCAGCCCGCGGGAGCCGAGACAACAAGGUUCCGGGACUGUGAAGGCUGAGCAGAGGCUGCCGAAGGGGAGAAAGCAGCAAGGAGCUGCCAGAUGGAAGGCCCGUCCAGCGUCCAGAUGCUAGGCCUCGUGGGUUUGAUCAUUGGCGCUGCUGUGGCCGUCCUCCUGCUGCUGCUGCUGGCCUCCUGCCUGUGCCGCGGACAGCAGGACCUCCGUGUGGAUGUGGAGAGGAACCGACCGGCUGCCAGGAGAAACCGCGUCCGCUGGGCCCAGCCUUGCUUCUUCCCACGCCAGGGCCACCUGGGACACCUUCACCACUUCCAUCAUCCUGGCCACGUGCCUCACACGCACCGUGCGGGCCUCCACCAGCACCACCUCCACCAGCACCACGCCCACCACCAUGCCCACCAUGCCCGCCGAGGCCGCCGCUGACACCUGUGAAUGGCAGCCCAGGCCUGCCCUACCUACUGUCCCUGGGACUCCGGACUCGUGGACCCCUGUGCUCCCCUGCAGAGGGGCGCCUCUCUGCAGGAAACGCUGGGGAGGGUGCCCGCUCCUACUGGACUGCUUCUGCAUACUACGCCCCGGGGUACGAUGAGGAGAGAACUGAGGGCCACUGGGGGUGGCCCUGCGCACACUGGAGGGUAACGGGGUGAGAGCAGGGGUCUCCUUUGGGGACAGAUGUCACCUGGUGCCUGUAACUCCCAGGGAAUGUCGGUGCACGUGGACGCACAGAAGAUGUGCAGGGCUCUCUGAGGGGCUGUCUUCUGACGUACUGGCCAGGGGGCUAGCUGGGAGGGGCCAGCAAUGCCCUUGUAUUUGGAGAGAAGGCAAUAUGAGGCUGCAAGGUCAAUUCACUUAUGCCUUGAUGCAAGAAAAUAAAACGUGCUAAGAAGCUUU